AUGGCUUCAGGCUUCGGUAUCCACGGAGGUGUCGGCCGGUGUUUUGCGUUCUGGCAGGAGUUCUCUAAGUGCUACGCGCAGACCGACACUCCCAGCAAGUGCCGCGCACCUGCCGAGGAUUACCUCGAGUGUCUCCACCAUACUAAGGAGAUCGAGCGCGCCAAGGAGCUCAAGGCCGAGUUUAUCCGUCAAAACGAACACAAGGCCCACGAAAGCCGCAAGUUGGCGGAAAUCGCGGCGGACGGGAUCAUCAAUACUGUUGGGCUGCUACGUCGAGACGACUCGUAG